GCGCAGGUUUAGUCUCCAGGACGUCAUCAAACAAAUAUGGCGAGUCUCACAAGUUUAUCAAGAAAAUUCUUACUAUUUUCACGAAAUUUUCGUAAUGUCGCGCGUUCCUAUUAUAAAUUAUCGAGUGACAGUGCAUUUGAUAAAAUUAAAACAAGUGUCAGAUGGUUUGUAACCGGUUCAAUAGCUUUUGUAAUUGAGCACAAGUACAGUUUAGGCGCCACAGUAUAUGCCCUCAAAUCACGAAAGAAUGAAGAAAAUAUUCAAAAAGCUGUACGACUCACUCAAAGGGAGAGAAGAUUUAUAAAAUUUGCAUCCGUUGAAUUUGAUGGGCAACUCUAUAUGACGCCACAAGAUUUUUUGGACAGUGUCGUCGAAUCACAACCAAGACCUAGACUAAAAAGACGAAUUUUAUCUGAGAAUGAAUUAGAUGCCAUUAAAAAAUCAACCCCUUCACUUCGCCAAGGAAAUUCGCACAUGUUUCGUGAUCUUCGAGACAAAGGAAUAAUAUCCUAUACAGAGUACCUGUUCUUGUUGUCUAUUUUAACGAAGCCCCAAACUGGUUUUCGCAUUGCUUUUAACAUGUUCGAUACUGACGGAAACGAGAGAGUCGAUAAGACUGAAUUCCUUGUUAUUCGACGAUUGUUCGGCGGAAGUCUAAAGGAGAGAGAACUUGAUGAUCUUACAAAAUUUGCAUUACAAAAAUUGAUCGCACCAGGCGAAGAGGUUCUGAAUACAAAAAUAAAACUCCGUGAAUUUCAUCAUGACUCUCAAAGUGAAAACAACCAAUUUUUUAUGGAGAAAAUUUUUAGUCACGCGUGGAGAGGACGUCGAGGAGAGGAAAUAAAAGAAGGAUUAAAUCAAUUAACAAUGAAAGAAGCAACCGUUGAAGAAAUUCAGGGACAAUUUAUCGAUGAUGAUCAAGGUUUGCAACGACGUCACAUGGUGGAUACGAGUCUAAUGAUACAUUUUUUUGGACAAAAUGGUAAAAAUGAAUUAAAAUACGAUGGCUUUCGGCGUUUUAUGGAAAAUUUACAACAUGAAGUUUUAGAAUUAGAAUUCCAUGAAUUUAGUAAAGGUCACGAUACAAUAUCAGAAUUAGAUUUUGCCAAGAUAUUAUUAAGAUACACUCUAUUGGAUGCAGAUGAAUAUGACAAAUAUUUAGACAGAUUACUAGAUCGCACAAAUAAUACAAUAGGAAUAACUUUUAAAGAAUUUCAAAUAUUUUAUCAAUUUUUAAACAAUCUUGAUGAUUUUGCUAUUGCAAUGAGAAUGUAUACAUUAGCAGAUCAUCCUAUCUCUAAAGAUGAAUUUUCGAGGGCUGUGAAAAUUUGUACGGGUACUCAAUUAUCUUCACAUAUUAUUGAAACAGUAUUUGCAAUUUUUGAUGUCGAUGGAGAUGGCCAAUUAUCUUAUAAAGAAUUUAUUGCAAUAAUGAAGGACCGACUUCACCGAGGUUUUAAAUCUCAAUCAAAGAAUGAAGGAUGGGACGCAUUUAAAUUCUGUAUAAAACAAGAAAUGAAAGCGCCUUAAGUUUAUAACAGUUCUUCCUCUUUGAAUUUACUGAUUUUCAACGUUGCCGAUAAAACCUCUAUAAUUACUAAGAAUUUUUAUAAAUUUUACAAUAAUUUUAAUGAAAAUUGAUUUAAAUGCAUUUAAAUAAUGUUAACUUAACUUAUGUUAUCAAAAGAGUUUAUAUAGAGUUAUACGAGAUUAAUUUAUACCACGUGCGUGUAAUUGUGUAUAGUAGGAAAAUUUUUUAUUUAUCUUAAAACCGAUUUAUGUGAUAAAAAAAGCAGAGAACUAAAUAAUUUUCUAUAUAGAAAUUUUAAUAUAACAAAAUCACUUAUUUUAACCAUCUUAUUUAUUUUUAUUUAUUUUAAGUUAGCAUUAAUUUCAAAAUAUAUACUUGCUUUUUUGCAUUAAAACUUUUAGUUUCAUAAUGACAUUUUUUAAAUAAUUAAUACUGAAUUUUUUAAAUUAAUUUUUAAUUAUAUAGAGAUAAGAAAAAUUUAAUGAUUCCUCGUUAUAACAAAUAAGUUAAUACUUUGACUAUGUAAAUAAAAUUCAACGAAUAAAAUAAUUUACAAUAAUUAUAUUUAUAUAAAGAAAACGCACAAGAAAUCUCAUAAUAUAUUGCGCAAAGUGAGCACAGAAUUGUUACCAUUUCAUAGUAUAUAUCUCUUUAUCUGUUAAAAAUUAUUUAUGAAAUAUUUUACUAGAGAGAAAUAAUAACUUGUUAUAUUUGUCUUUAGUCUUCCUAUAUUUAUAAUUCAAUUUGUCAAUAUUUUAAACUACUAUAUGUAAAUAAAUAAUUAAAAUAUUGUAUUUAUAUAAAAAAAAAACUUCUAAUAUAUUGUAAAUCAACUAUUAUUUAUUGUUACAAAUUAAAAAUUACCUUUAUAUAAUACUCAAAUGAUAUUGUAUA